AUGUCUUCUGAAGCUACCGAAGCCACCCCGGGCUCUGGCUCCUUGGCUGAUCGCAUCACCAAGCCCGAAGAGUCGAAGCCUACCGAUGCGCCCAGCACCGGUGAGGAUGGCGCUCCUGCCGGUCACAAUGGUUCAGAGCUCGCUGAGCCAGACUACACCGUCGAGGUCAAGCUGAGUGACCUGCAGGCCGACCCCAACAACCCCCUGUUCUCUGUUAAGAGCUUCGAAGAUCUUGGCCUAGAUGAGCGCAUUCUCAAGGGUCUCGCCACCAUGAACUUCCGCAAGCCUUCGAAGGUCCAGGAACGCGCCUUGCCUCUGCUCAUGAGUAAUCCUCCCAAGAACCUUGUCGGUCAAUCGCAGUCCGGUACCGGUAAGACUGCUGCUUUCGUUCUCAAUGUCCUCAGCCGCCUCGAUCUCUCGACCCCAGAAAUGCAGAGCUCGCCACAGGCUCUGAUUCUCGCUCCUACCCGUGAGCUCGCUCGUCAGAUUGUGGGUGUUAUUCAGAUUAUGGGCCAGUUCCUUGACGGUCUAGUCAUUGGCACUGCUGUCCCCGCCGAUUCCAACGCCCGCACCGGUAAGAUGGACUGCUCGGUUGUGGUCGGCACACCCGGUACCGUUCAGGAUAUGAUCAAAAGACGCAACCUCAACCCCGCCCAAUUGAAGGUUUUGGUUCUGGAUGAGGCCGAUAACAUGCUUGACCAGCAAGGUCUUGGAGACCAGUGCAUCCGUGCCAAGGCUAUGCUCCCCCGCAAUGUUCAGAUCGUCCUGUUCUCUGCCACUUUCCCUGCUCACGUGUACCGUUACGCGGGCAAGUUUGCUCCCAAUGCGAACGAGAUCACCCUGCAGCACGAGGAAUUGACUGUUGAGGGCAUUAAGCAGCUUUACAUGGAUUGUGACAACGAAGAACAAAAGUACCAGAACCUUGUCCAGCUUUACGGACUUCUUACCGUCGGAUCAUCCAUUAUCUUCGUUCGGACUCGUUCCUCUGCCAUUGAGAUUGAGCGACGUAUGGUUGCCGAGGGACACACUGUUGCAUCUCUCACUGGUGGUGUUGAAGGCUCUCAGCGUGAUGCUGUCAUUGAUGCCUUUCGUAACGGUGACGCGAAGGUUCUUAUCACAACUAACGUUCUUGCCCGUGGAAUCGACGUCUCCACAGUCUCUCUUGUGGUCAACUACGAUGUCCCCGAGGAGUACGCUCAAAACAAGCCAUCUGGCACACCCGACUACCAGACCUAUCUCCACCGUAUUGGUCGUACUGGUCGUUUUGGUCGCAUUGGUGUGGCUAUUUCAUUUGUCGCCAACCGAGGCGAAUGGGAAAUGUUGCGCAAGAUCCAAGAGCAUUUCGGAUGCAACAUUGAGCGUAUCGACACCAACGACUGGGAUGAGGUGGAAGAGAUCAUCAAAAAGACCAUCAAGAGUACCCGUGCUCAGUCUACCUUCAAGAACUGA